AUGACAACUGAUCCAGUUACAAAAGGAGCUGCCCCGAUGGCGUCCGACAAGAUCACCCUACAUGUUAUCUCCCCUUCAAUCCCCGCCCCAGGCCGAUUUACGCUUCACGAUCAACCACUCUCGGACACCGUUGCACAAAUCAAGGCUCGCAUUACACAGUCUCUCCCAGGUCGACCAGCACCGGCACAACAGAGAUUGAUCUAUCGGGGCAAGCCUCUGACUGAUGAUCGAGCGAGCUUAGCAUCUGUCCUGGGGCCCAUCGAUGGAUCCCCAUGCUCAAUCCACCUUGUCCUGCCUCCAGCUCCAACUCCCACCACACCCUCCUCAACGCCAAGCGCAGCAAAUGUACCAUCGCACUUGAACCAAUACGUUUCGUCGACCGGAGUGGCGCCUCAACCAGCAACGUCGACACAAGGAAUUCGAUACCGCGGACAGGCGCCUCUUUCCUCGAACGUCAUUGGACAGGGCUCUCAAGACAGAUCGGAUCAUAUUCGGAGCGAGCUAGAUGCGAUGUUAGAAAGAUGGCGAGCCACAGCUCCCUCAAGCUUGGACCAGACCAGUACACUCAGAGAAGAACUCCGGCGUCGGGGUGUUUUGACAGAGGAGAUGGACCGAAUGCUCCAGGCCAGCUCGUCCCAUCAAACUUCACCAUGGAUUGAUUCGCGGUCGAAUUUUGCUCGGUAUGACUCCACCUCUUGGGGUCACAGUACUACAUCUGCUCAGAAUAUCAAUGCCAAUCCUGCAAAUGCCAGGUUCCCUGCAAUGCCUGCAUGGAAUCCGUCCCCUUCUCGCACAACAACUAACAGCGGUGACCCUGCUGCACCCGCACAGGAUUCGUCAAGGGCGACCACAUCAGAGCAUCACAAUUGGGCUAUGCCGGCAUCGAGUUUCAAGCAAACCAACACAAACAUUUCGCCAGGCACAGCUUCGAAUCUUCCAUCAGCAUACGGAGCUCAAUCGGCCCCUAUUGACACCAGUACAUUCGCUCAAUCAGAUCCUUCUUCGGCCCCAUAUCUUGAGCAAAUACAAGGCUGGCAAUCUCUUUCUCAGCAAGUGAUGGAAAUGGAAAAUCUAGUCAACCAACACAUCAUACCGUCUGUAGACAUGAUGUUCCGAAUUCGAACACAACUUCAAAACAUGCUGGCUGAGAGGCAGAACCAAAACAUCGAAAGGAUAUAUUCCACGCCGCCCAAUCAUCGCCUUUUCCCUUCGACGGCGGGUGCUGUUGAGGUGAUGAUGAGUCGUGUCACCCGUGUCUACGAGCGUGUCGAUCAGAUUACCCUGAUCCAGCAGGCCCAGCGAAUUAGAUCUCAUGCAACCCCGGCUCCCGAAGCUCAGGGGAAUCCCAAUGCUGCCAACGCCGCCGCCGUUCAUCAGGCCGUUCGACAAGCUCUGAUCAACCAACAGCAACGACAAGACGCCAAUGGUGCGGGUCUUGGACGUUAUCUACGCCGCGUCUGGAUGUUCAUUCGCAUGUACUUUUUCUGCUACAUGAUCAGCGAUGCGGGUACUUGGACGCGUAUCUUCCUCGUCACAUGCGCCGUGCUAGUGGCAGUUCUGUCAGAUACAGACAUUCCUCAGCAGCUCCACGGGGCCAUUGUCGCCCCCGUCCAGCGUCAUCUUGAAGGUCUAGCCCACAUGGGUGGGCCCGCUGAUCAAUCUACGCAAAGGCCAAACCAAGGCGGCGAGAAUCGUGGUAACCCUGCGCCCCAGGGUAUGCUUGGCGAAAUCUUGCACUUCCUUCGACGCGCGGAGAGAUCUAUUGUGCUUCUUCUUGCUAGCCUGGUUCCAGGUAUCGGUGAGCGGCAAGUCGAGGCACGCAAUGCAGCCGAGGCCGAACGAGUUCGUCAAGAACAAGAGCAAGAACAAGAACGGGAGCGCGAGCGUGAGCGUGAGCGUGAACGUGAACGUGAGCAGGAACAGGCUCAGGGGCUGGGAGGUGAAAAUGAGCAUGAGCAUGAAAGAGAGCAAGCCGGGUCUGAUGCCGCCGCUGCUGCUAUAACGCAGCCUGAGCAGACUGUUGCUUAA